AUGUUUUUUAAAAUUUUGAUUUUAUUAACAUUAUUAAAUAUUGUUUUAUCUCAACAAGGUAUAUUUGAUCCUUAUACAUUUAAUGAAGGACAAUGCACAGGUGAUUAUAAAUGGACAACUUGGUUUGAUACAAAUGACCCUAAUAUGACACAAGGAGAAUUUGAAAUAACACGUCAUAUAAAAGAAAAUUUUCCUGAUUUUAUGUGUGCAUCUCCAAAAGCUAUUGAAGGUCAAACAGCAUUUGAUGAAAAUCCAUCAACAACAGGCGAUGCUUUUCGUAUUACUAUAAAAGAUGGAUUUUUAUGUUUAAAUCAACAAAUAGUUAAUUAUAAAAGCAAAAUGUGCCAAGAUUACAAGGUUCGCUAUUGUUGUCCAGCUUCAGCUCUUACGGCACAAGUACAAUAA